UUCUUCAUAGUUGCUAUAGAUAUGAUUAUGCGUGCUCAAAAAAGCAAAGUGAUUUCUAUGGAAAAAAGUUUUACUUUGAAAGCCAAGGUACUUCGAAGUAAAAUUUAACGCGGAUAUUAUGGGUCGAUCAUCGAUGUUUCCAAUCUUUCCGGUGGUUGGUUGCAAUUGUGGAUAUUUUUUCAUAGCGGAUACGUUCUAUGAUAUAUAAACGCACCAGAGUGAACUAAAAGAAAACCUGCCAAUAUUUUUUUCUUGGUUAAGGGUAAUUCCCAAUUUACAGGAAAGCACAUUACUGUUAUUCGUAUUGUUAUUUCUUGUUUCAAUAAAAAGAAAAUGGAUAGGCCUAUUUAAAAUUUCAAAAUACACAGAUAUGUAUCAAAUACAAUAAGAUAGAAGAUUAUGUUUAUAUGUUGUUUGGUUGCACUUUGGGUUAUUAUCAUACUUUGAUGCCCUUUUUUAUUAAACUGAGUAACAAAUACCUUUACUGUAUUAUCAGAGUAAAAAUGACGACAAUGAAUGGCCAUGAAAGCAAUCAUAUAAAUUCAAAAAUUCAUAAGUUAAAAUGUAACGCUGAAGAGAAGGUGGAACGUGUUGUGAGUAUUUUUCUAAAAUACUACAUAAUUUCACCUGCAUAUCGCGUAUUGUGGAUUUGGGCUGGAAUUUUAAGUAUUUCUUCUGCUGCCAUGUUUCUGGAUCUUCCAAUGAACUAUUUUUCCAAUAAAAAAAACUUUCUGAACGUUUAUUUCGUAAAAUGGAGUUGGGGUUGGACAUUGAUAAGUGCUGGAACUUAUAUGGCUGUUACAUCAUUUGUCCAUGGCUGUGAAAGUUGGAAGAAGGCAAUUUAUUUUGGGUUCUUGAGACUCGCUGCAGCAACAGCUGUCUGGUACUUCUGGGUUAACAUUGUUUUUCACUAUAUUGAAAACAUCACUGGUAUUUGUUUGAAUGCUAAAAAGGUUCCACUGUUUAACAUAACAUCUAAACGGGAUUGCAUUCGGUUAAAAAAGGGACACGUGUGGGAUGGAUUUGACAUCUCUGGACAUUGUUUUCUUCUCUCUUUCUCCAUAUUAGUGAUUACCUCAGAACUCCAGAUUCAAAGAUACUGGAUCAACAUUCUCUCACAUGCUGCUCAACAUGUUCCUAUAGGUUCGAAGACCCUUGCAACUCUAAAAUCGAACUAUCAAUCUACUCUGUUUACUGUUCAGUGUUUGUUUAUCUUUAACUGCAUUCUCUGCUUAAUCUGGGACUUUAUGAUUAUUAUGACUUGUCUUUUUUUCCAUACUUUUUUUAGCAAAGCAUUGGGUGGCAGCAUAGGAAUUUUCUCAUGGAUGCUCUUAUAUAAUGAGUGGUUUAAAUGCAAAUUCUCUCCUGGUCCACCUGGUUAUGGCCCGAUCAAAUCCAUAUUGACAGCAAAUACUUUUUCUAAAAUUAAAUGACUACACUUGUAGCAGUUACUAGUAUGUGUUAUUUGGGAUUUUAAAUUUUACGUUUUAAGGAGUCAAUAUAAUUAAACUACAAAUAAAACAGUCUUGUUGCAAAACAAAUAUAUAUUAAGACUUCUGUUGUAAGACAUACCUUGAGGAAUCAUUGUUUAUCAUAUAUCAGACUAUGAGGUUACAUACAUAGUGCAUAAAACAUGGUACUCAUGUUAUAAAU